AACACCCCUUUCUUCUCCUCAUCUUCUUCUACCCCACUACUACUAAACAAUCAUCCAUCCCAUGCAUUCACUCAAACCCUAUCCCUUCCUCUAUUCCAAUUAACGAAUUUCACUUUCCGAUCGGAAAUCGGAUCUGAGUAAUCGGACGGAGAUUCAAUCGGGGGCUGAAUUUUAUCAAUUAAUGCGUUUUCUGGAGAUGGGCGAGAGCUGUUUCGAUUCCAUUAUUGGAGCGGCCGAUUCCGAGUCAUCAAUGAGUCGCCGCCGAGUUGAGUGGAAGGGAGGACUCGUCAAGUCCCCCGCACAGUUUCCGCCGCCGCUGCCGUGGCUUGCCAGGACGGGGAACUCCCCCUCCUCCAGAGUGCCGUGGAUCAUGAGGCGGCGGUACACGGAGGACGGCAGACUGGUGAUUACCGGCGAGAAAUCCGAGCGCCACGAGUACUUCGAGGCGUACCGCUCUGACGGCCGCCUCCGUCUCCGCCUCGUUCCGCUCGACGUCCUCCUUGUUCCCGCAGAUGAAAUCGCGGAUGAGGAGGAGAGCGAUCGGACGGCGGGUGCGGCAUUAGAGGAUAGAUCUGGACUGAUGAGCGGCUGUGAAUCGCUUAUAACCGACGCUUGCGGCGGCGGCGGCGGGGUAAAUAAGUGUGCGAAUUCGUUUAUUAUCGGCGCUGUGGCGGUGGCGGCUAUAACUCCUCCGGUUCAAACCUAAUUGGAGAGACGUACAAAUUGAAGGGCUCCAAUAAAAUUAAAUGGUCUAA